AUGACAGACGAAUUACCAUACGAUGUUCUUCCAAGGAUGAACCUAUUGUCUGGAAGGCAGGAGUCGCUGGAAUUGGUGAACGAUAGAGAGGAGACGAGGUUGUCCUCUCCACGAAUAUCCAGUGAGGCAGCCAAGGCUUAUCCCAAACAGCAGGUCUACAGAAACUCCACAGCUGGACUGAGAAAAUGCGAGUUACCUGCUUACAGUGAAGCCAUCACUGUCUGCGAGGCUGUGCAAUGCGAUGCUUCCCAGAGCCAUACUUGUCAAGAGCAGUCAAAUCGACCACGGGAGGAAUCUCUUGCCUCGGAGUCUUCUCAUGCACGCUGCAACCAUAAAGUCUUGGGCUUACAUUCUUGUACAUGGCAGCCGGUGACGAUCAAUAAAGGGACAAUGGCUUUGCUCAAACUGACCUUGAUGGCUUUUAGCUUUGUUUUCUGGACGGCUGGUCUAACCAUGUUCACAAUUGGUAUCUGGGCGAAGAUCUCACUCGGCAGCUACUUGGAAUUGUCCACUAACGACUACCCCAACACCCCCCACAUCCUUCUCGCCAUGGGAGCUGCUGUUAUUCUCUGGGGCUUCCUGGGAUGUUUCAGUGCUGCAACGGAACACAGGUGCCUCCUCAAGACAUACGGAGUGUUUCAGAUCGCGGUCCUCAUCGGAGGAUUAUCAGCAGGGCUCUCUGCCUUGUUUUACCGUAAAGAUAUAGCCGAAGGGUUUCGCAAUGGCUUGGGUGAAGCCAUCCAGGUCUAUGGAGAAGACGAGGAGAAGGCCAACGCUAUAGACGACAUUCAACGUACCCUGGACUGCUGUGGGGUAGAAAGCUACAAGGAUUGGGUUCCCUCUCCCUGGUCUGAAGAGCAAUUUGGAAACGGUUCGGUCCCUUUGAGCUGCUGUACGGUUCGGAAGGGAUGUCAGAACAACCCGGUCACUCCAGAUGCCCGGGGCAUUUACAAGGAAGGCUGUUUCAAGAAAAUCUACAAUUUCGUCAACGACAACCUGUUUUACAUUGCCGUCGGGGCGCUGGGAUUGGCUGUGGUACAAGUGAUUGGAAUCGUUUUGGCGUGUUUACUGGCUUCAAGAAUCCCCAGCAGCGAGAUGCAGGAAGACAGAAGAAGUGCCCCGCUCUGA